UGGCUGGUGCAAGAAAGGCUGAAAACGAUGACGGGCCCCAUCCGUGUCCAGUCAUUGGCCGAAUUCCCCAGCACUUUACGCGUGUCGACGCGAUUGAAGCUUAAUUGCCCUGACAGCAUCCCACUGAAGCUUUGACGCCAGAUAGCAGGCGAUCAACAGAAUCGCGGCCUCCCACUUACCUAUCCUCGCCCCAGAAUGUCAGACCUAUCUUUCUAAACCCAACUCACCCACAACCCACGUUUGCCCCCAAGCAGAACAAUGGAAAACAUCAGUUGUACCUGUAAAGCGUGCGGUGCUGCUAUCGGUGACUUCCCCAAUCUCUGGACUCAGAUAGGGAGGAGUUACUUCAGCCCCAUUGUCGAGCCACAAGACGCGCUUGCGAUCGUAUCGCAUGGGCCCCUGAGGCUCGGCGAAAAAGGCACACUGGUCGACGCAUGCCAGCUGCAGGACAUUGCUUGCGCCCAAUGCAAUACUAUAUUGGGCAUAAAAUGCCUGAACACACCGACAAACCAUGUACUUGACGAAAAUCAAAUCCUUCUACGCGCCACUUCUGUGUCGUCAAUAAGCUUCAGGGAUGGCAGAGAGGUCGACUUUGUGGUCAAAAGAUACCUCAAACUCAGAGAGCCCUCGAGGGCAGGGACAGAGCAAUUUGGCAGCUCUACCAAUGGGGAUCGGGCACGCACCCGAGAUGCUCCUGGAGCAGCGGCGCAGAAUGGAUACCACUUUCCAGAGGGGCCAGAGCGCAGAGAUAUCUUACAGCUCCAAGCCGACUUGGAGGCACAAAGGGGUGAUAUCGAGAGGAUCGACAGCGCUGGCUUCAAGGUCGUUUCCGCACUAGACGAGGCUGUCUCUCGGGUUGAAGGAGAUCUCACCAAGAUGAGGCAAACGCUUUCCGAACUGCAACGCGAAAUCAGAGGCAACCAUGACGACGUGUCUUCGCUCAAGACAGAAAUUACCGACGUCAAGCGACUGGCCCAGGACCAUACCGCAAUCAAGCGGCUUGAGGGUCAGCUAAAUUCUGCAAACAACGCGAUCGAAGAGGUUCGACGAAACAUGGAGGACGUGACUACUAAAUUCCGCCAGGACUUGGCUGGUGUGAAGUCUGAAGUGCGAGAAAACAGCGAUGGUCUUGAAGGACUGAGGGCCCUCGUGAGAGACCGCAUAUCGACCCGAGACCAUGCAAAGGAGAUGGCUGCCGUGCGAGGGGAGUUAGCCCAGCUCCGAAAACAAAUGGAUGAAAGCCGCUCCAAGCCUCCCGAGUCAUUCCCAUCGAGGGAGCUGGAUAUCUUGACUACCAAUAUUUCGAAGAUCGGGAACCGGGCCAGCCAAGUUGAAAGCCUGCAGAUGGAGUUCGAGAUUUUCAAGGGGCGUAUUGAGAGGAUGGAAGGCGCCAGACAAGACCGCCCAUCUUUGCAUAAUAGCCCCAAGGACGUAUCGCCAUAUGACCAGUAUGAUAACGAUGAUUAUCGCGCUGGAGAUGAACUCCCUACUCGAAGAAAACGGCGGUCCUCGGGGCCGGAUGGCUCGUUGGUUCCUGGCUCUAAUUCUACAAAACGAACCGCCUUCGCAUCCCAACUCGCCGACACGCCCGAUAAAGCAACCGAGUGGGAACCUAAUUCGUCCAGCCCGGUACUUCCGCAUCCAGGAAAUGCUCGCCUGACCAAGACUGGAAAGGUGGAUAAGAGAACGCAGCGUGCAUCAGCCAGGCCUUUUAUCAGCAUAUCAAGCGAUGGUAAAACAACUGCGAACAGGAAAAGGGGUUGAAAUUCCCUGCUCUC